AGCUCAGCAUUGGCGUCGCCCCCUGAUAGGUUAUGAUCCAGAUUUCGAUAUGAUUAUGCAGCGGCUGGCGCCGACUGCAAUGUAACGUCUCCCUCAUGGCUCCACGAGAUGCAGAAUGUUGUAUGACACUUGCUGUCCAUGGAUAUCUCGUAGCCUCCUCGUUCUCGGGAUAUAAAUACGAGGUCGAGCUCUCGACAUCAUGCCUCUCCAAACAGAUCAGCCUAAAAACAUUAUAGCCAUCUUCCAAGUUCCCAUCCACAGUCUCUCGUUUAUUAAAUCACCAAGAUGAAGUUCUCCAUGGUCCCCUCGUUGCUUCUUCCCCUGCUGGCGGCCGCUGCCCCAGUCGCCCCGGAGAACCCCCCGUUCAGCGUCAUGGCCACCCGCUCUGCUUCCCCCAUCCACUUUCUCCCCAUGACCGCCUCCGGCCAGAAGUUCUACCUUGGCGGAGAGACUACGUCCUACUGCCCCAUUGGUGAGGGCUGCCCUCCCGGCAACCAGACCGUGUUCGCUCCUGGUGGCUAUGGCAUGAAUGUCAUGGUCCCCGGUGGCCAGCAGGUCUAUGUUGAUCCCAAGGGCGCUCUGUCCUUCACCCAGGCCCACUCUGCCUAUAUUCCCGAGGGCUCCGCCGUGGGUCCCUUUAACUACAAGCCCGGCGAGAACUGGGGCUACUACACCUUCGACGGCUGGGGUACUUCCGGCUUCAUGGCUUGCCCUACUGAGGACUACCGCUGGCAGGUGUUUGCCGCUGUCCAGAACGCCACUGUCCCCAAGGGUAACGUGGCUGAAUGCCUUGGCUUCAAUGCCCUGGCUAACACGGCUCCCAAGGAGGCUGCUGCUUGGCAGUACGUUUAAGCCUAGGGCGAGUUAUGGUGUCCUGAUUUGAAAAAAUAAUCAGAUUUGAGAAAGAGGUUGUUUGGUACGCAAUGCGGUGAUUGUGAUGGUUGUGUAAAUUACGCCUGUAGAUGAGAUAUGACACUCCUUUUGUAUAUAUGCAACAUUUUGAAUGCAGUAGUGCUUAGGGUAUCGCAAACUUUUGUUUCGUGUAAUUCUAUUGCCGUAUCUACGUUAAUUUCUCCAUAUCCGCACGGCUUUGUCCUUACCGCC